AUGUAUAAAAAUAACAUAUUUUUGCCAACUUUCUUUUCUGGAUUAGAUGUGUCAACUUCUGAUAGUGGUCUAGGCAAAGAUGCCUGUGAUUCCGAGGCAAGAGUUUCUGCACCAACGCUGCCUUUUGUGCCCCAGUCACACCUCAUUGACAAGUUGCCAGUUCCUGCAUCAAAUGGUUUACACUACUCUCCUGGACUCCUAGCAGCCAGUAACCUUUCUCAGUUGGCAGAGUUAGCUGCUAAUAAGUCUGCUAUACAUCAAACUCCACCAAACACCACCCAGCUAUCUGCACAGCCCAUGCAACCACACCUCAUUGGAAACCAAACUAGAUUUGUCCUUCCUGGACAGGGAAUACCUACUCCUAUCAUUGGGACAUAUCCCUCAGGAACUUUGAUGCAAGUACCAGGACAAUAUCAGGGAUUUCCCCCUGUCCCUCAUCAGGUGCCUCCACCAUUCAUUAAAGGUUCCAACAUUCAGCUUACUACUGGUGAUGUAAAGAGAGUUGAAGACCUUUCCACAGAAGAUUUCAUUCACAGUAUCAGACAGAGUCCUGAACUUAAGCUAGAGACAAGCACUGUUGUAAAAAUUGAAGAUGGAACAGAACCUGGAAACACUCAUAUUACUUUCACUAUCAACAGUUCUAAAAUACAGGUAGAAAGAAAUAAUGAUAUGAAAUUUGUGGUACAAAACUGCUCUUAGAAGGUCCAAUCUAGUUUUAGAUGAGUUUCAGUAUUUCUGAAAAAUUAUUUUUAUGUACAUCACAAAAGGUUCAUAAUUUUCCACUUCUAACUUGAUGCAUUUAGAAGGUUUUGCCUGAAUAUCUUAAGUGAAAACUUGAAUCUUAGUUUCUACACAGUCCUUUUAUGUUCACUUAGAUCAUCAUCCAUGUUGCAAACUAAGAAAAAAAGUAGUGGGAGAUUUAGGGAAUGUAAAUGCGGUAACUGUUACAAGAAGAGACUGUGGACAGAUUGCCACUGUUUUACACAGAAACAUGGUGGCUUAAACGCACCACUUUUUACCUAUUAUCAUAUAAUUAUUAGAGCCACGCUGCACCUAUGUACCCUUCCUAGACAAUUCUGUGCAAUAAUCUGAUUCAUGAGGACUCCUAAGUGUGUGGUCAUGAACAAACCUGAUCAACAUGUAAAACUGAUCAGUUAUAUGAUGACUUUUUUUUAAGGUGAUUCUAAACUGUCCUGUAGAGCAUCCAUUUUUCGUUUAUGGUCAGGGGUGGACAUCAAGCAGUCCAGAACAGUCCUCAACCAAGUACAACCUUAACUGCCAGCAGUUGAAAGUUGGUGAUGUGUGUAUUUUUCUCUCUGCAUCCAGUGCCCCUAGUAUUCCUGGUGGGCUUGGAUUUUCAAGUUCACCAGCCAUUCAAGUGAGUGGAGCUGGUUCUACUCCAACACAAUCUGCUUCAGUAGUCUUGUCAAGUGCAGUGAAGUCUCCAUCUGUGAGUAGCAGCACAGGACAAACAGUGACUUCUGUGUCAGUGUCGUAUGCCCAGACAUUGCCUGGAAUUGUAACCUUACCGGGAAACAUACCUGGGGUUGUUGUUACUUCAUCAAUGCCACCUGGCAUUCCUGCAGUGUACCCAGGAAGUUUUCCCUCAGCCCAAAAUAUUGGCCAGGGGAAGGUUGCUGGGCAGAGUGGAACUGACAGGUCAUCUGUUCCACAGCCAGUACAGGGGUUCACACCUGAUGGAAAACCAUCAGAAUCUCCGCAUUCCACUGCAGCAGUACCAGGAGGUUUUCCUUUGUCUGGGGCACCUUUCUACCAACCACUUACGGGAACAUUUAUGACGGCUAUGCCUCCAGGACAAACAUUUGUGCAAGGAACUGUUAUGCCACAGGGUUCUGUGGGAAAUGGUCUGCUUGUUGCUGCAGUUGGUUUUGUACCAGGGAGACCACCAGCACCAUUUGUUCAACCUGGAAUGCUCUAUGGCUCCACACCAAUGGAAAUGCUACAAAAAGGAGGCGACAGCAAACCAGAAGAAUAUUCACAAAAGGAAAGGACUGACUCACAAACUGAAUUGUCACAACCUGAUGCCAAGAGGGCAAGAGGAGAAACAGAAGUAAAAUAGACCUUUAAUUUGUGAGUGUUUUUAUAGAUAAGAGAAAAUCAAGGGGACUGAAAAAGAGAUAUUGUUAUAUAAAUGUAUAUUAUAUAUAAGAAAAAUGUCUUAUAACUUUUAUUUAUUUGUAGGUAAGGCAAAAAUCUGAAGUUGUCUUUAGUCAUACCAACUAUUAACGAGGAUAGUAACAUUUUGUGUUUUCUUAGCAAAGAAGUGUCCUGUAUUAAAUCUUGUAAAUGUUGUGUUCAAUCUUGCUGUAAGCACCUAUUCUCCACUAUGAUUUGAAAUGGCUUUAUAGUAUAAUUGAUUUAGUUCAGUGGAGUAAACACAAUCUGAGGUACUUGUAAGUAUAAGGAUUAUUUAAAAAAACACUUCAUAGUUAAAAAACCUUCAUCCAAUCUUACUGUGGUCAUUUGAAUCAUUUUAUUUAAAAAAAAAGUAAUUUUUUUUUCUUUUUAUUUGGUAUUGUUUUCUUUUUAUUUGAUAUUGUUAUGCUAUUUACUAUUUUUCAGUCAGAGACCUUACAAAUAAGUAAUGAUAAAUGUCACACAAAGUUUAGACCUCAAAGUGGGUCAUUCCUGAAAAAAUAUUUGCCAACUCUUAAUGGUUAAAUUUCAACACAAAGUAGCAGAUGGUGUGAUACUUGGAAUUUCUUCAAGAAAGGAACCUUAUCAAACUACUGUAGCUGGAUUAGCUAUUAACAAUUGAUGAUACAACUAGUAACAAUUACAACUAAUUAAGUGUGAAACAUAGUACUAAACAGGAGUGGUAGCCUGGCAGAACUGCCUACAUCCAGUUAUGGACACCAAAUUGCAGAAUACUUUGAAGAACAUUCUAUUAAGAACUUGACAGAUAUCUAAUAUUGAGGUUUGAGGGAAUGUUGUGAAUUCAGAAUUAUGUCUAUCCAAAACAUAUUUUGAAAGAGUUUCAUCUAACCACACAUGAAGAGCAGAGUAAGUUGAGGGGUCAAUUACAGUGAUGUUUGAUAGGGUGUAAGUAGUGUCAUUGAUAGGACCAGUUCAAGCUCAAAUGAAUAUCGAUAGAUGCAUCAUAGCUUUGCCCUAAGAAGGACCUUUGAGGGCUCGUCUGUUUGCAACUUGGGUGUCUAGCUCUCAAAUGCUGUUGUGCAACCAAAGUUAUGAAGGUUGCACAAGGACUGGAGUUGGUGGCAUGUGGUUUUUGGGCUCUGCUGGAUCACUUCUUUGAUACAAAUGUUCUAAGAGUUAGUAGGAAGUGUAAGCUACAAGCCAUGGUUGAGAUUGCUUUUUGAGUCUGAUUGUUUGAGAGGAUGCCAGACAUAGGAAGAGUGCGACUCCAGAUUAUGCUCAAUAAUCAUCAAUUGAAAAUGUUCCUGUUUAUUUAUUUAUUUUAGGAUAAGUGUUAGUGAGACAGUUUUAAAAUAGUAAAUGAUUACUAAGUAAUUAACUUACUGAUGGUAAUUGUGUUUGAUAUGAUUUUGUAAGUUUGGGUU